CUACUCCAAACGCCAGUUACUUAAUAACGGCCAGGACUGUCCGUAGAACCAUUGUUCGCUCAGUCUUCGAUAGGUCUACACGCUGUCUCUUUUAUUGCAGGAUCUGGACAAAAUGAACUCCUCUCUGUUAGUGCUGCUGUGUGCCUUGAUUCAGUUCCUGGGACUGGACGCCGUGUACGUCAACAUUCAGCGUUACCGUGGCUACAUCCAGCGAACACACAACAACCUCAGGGCUCUAGAGGGGGCCGCCGACAUGAAGUACAUGACCACGGACUAUGGUUUGGAGAAUCUCUCCCAGAGAUGGGCAGACAGAUGCGUCUUUGAACAUCAGAUGAGGGGUUACGGAGAAAACCUGGCUUUUAUCUCCAGCACGGGCCCCACCCCAGAUCCUGGUUACGUCAUCAGGGAAUCCAUCCGUCAAUGGUACAAUGAACGCCCCCUGUAUCGGUUCGGUACCGGUUCCUGUGGCGCAGCAUGUCACUACACUCAGAUGAUUUGGGCGCGAACAUCCCGGGUAGGUUGUGCCAUGAGUUAUUGCGCUGCUCUCUCUGACGGUAGAGGGCGCGUCUACAGAAACGCGCAGUACUUCGUCUGCUUCUACUCACCCCAGGGUAACUUUAUUGGUCAGACUCCUUACACCCCCGGCCCAGCUUGCUCCCGCUGUCCCAUGGGAAACACAUGCACGCGAGAGGGACUCUGCUUCGGACCUGAUUUUAUGGGCAGGCGUAGACGAAGAAGCGUUGCAGCCACGUAUAAAUCCACCAUGACGAAGUCUGAGGCUUGAUGACAAUCACGCAUGCUGUCGUGUUUCUUGAAGCUGAGUCAAUAUAACGAUAUAAUUAAUGGUGCUGUUUAAUGUAUACCUAUCCAUUCAAUAAUAAACAAACCUGUACCUCUG